AUGUCUUCAGUCGAAACACCCAAACCAUUGCCAUUCAUAUAUCAGUUCUUAUCAGGAGCCAUUGCUGGGGUUUCUGAAAUCUUAGUCAUGUAUCCUUUGGAUGUGGUUAAAACAAGACAACAAUUGGCUACUACCGAUGCUUAUAACGGUACUAUCAAAUGUAUAAAGAAAAUUGUUAAAGAAGAAGGGUUUUCUCGUUUAUAUAAAGGGAUUACUGCUCCAAUUUUGAUGGAAGCUCCUAAAAGAGCUACAAAAUUCGCUGCUAAUGAUGAAUGGGGGAAGGUUUAUCGUAAAGCUUUUGGAGUUACUACCAUGUCUCAAUCUUUAGCUAUCUUAACUGGUGCCACUGCCGGUGCCACCGAAUCUUUUGUUGUUGUCCCCUUUGAAUUGGUUAAGAUUAAAUUACAAGAUAAAACCUCUAAAUUUAAUGGUAUGGGCGAAGUUGUUAAACAUAUCGUGAAAGAAAAUGGUGUUCUUGGUUUAUAUAAAGGUUUAGAAUCAACUUUAUGGAGACAUAUUAUGUGGAACGCCGGUUAUUUUGGUUUGAUCCAUCAAGUUAGAUCAAUAAUGCCAAAACCAAAAAGCUCUUCUGAAAAAACUUUAAUUGAUUUAACUUGUGGUACUAUUGGUGGGACUUUUGGUACGGUAUUGAAUACUCCAUUUGAUGUGGUUAAAUCAAGAAUUCAAGCCGGUUCAACUAGAUAUAUUUGGACUUUCCCUUCGUUAAUCACCGUUUUCAAAGAAGAAGGUUUUGCCGCUUUAUAUAAAGGUUUUAUUCCAAAAGUCUUGAGAUUAGGUCCUGGUGGUGGUAUCCUUUUGGUGGUUUUCACCGCAGCAAUGGAUUUCUUUAGAACUAUUCAUGAAGGUAAGUAG